UGAAGAAAAAUUUAAGAUGGGGAAGUGGUUUUAAAUUUUUGUUAGUGCAGUAGAUAUCCAUAUAAACUUGCAUAUUCAUUUGCUAAUAUCCAACUUUCUGCCAGCGCAACAGUGGUACACAAUUCACAAAAGCAUAAAAAGGAGAAGUUUAGAUUUGGGAAUUUAACUAUUGGCACAAAAAAUGGAGAAAAGUAAAGUACAAAAAUUAUCAGUAAAGUAAGACAACUGACUUUGAGAAUAAGGGAUGCUUGAACUUUAAGAAAACUUUACAAGGAGAGGAUCCCCAGAAAGGUGCUGGCUACUGAGCAAGUGCCCUUUUUGGCUUAUUUUAAACACAUGAUGUGCAAGAAUAUUGCUAAUCUGCAGCAAAGAAUAACAUGCAGUGAAGUAAUGAAUCUCAGAAUGUUCACUGACUAAAAAAUCUUUAUCUCAUUUAUUAUUUCCUCUCAUCUCAUUUGCAGUACUAUUAAAGGAAGUAUAGUACUGUUAGUGUGGGCAUGCAGAAGUAGUCAGUUUUUAGAAGAUGCAAUUGCCUUCAUUUUUGUCUUCUAAUUUGGCUCUCUUGGUUUUCAUCCCUUUGGUUCUGCUUUCAGUUAUUGCUUGCACAUUAAUAGGCCCACAAAGUAGUAGUUCUUUUGAGUCAUUUUCUUCUUCUUGGAAAUGGAAGUCUGUUGGAAUCUUCAACUCUUAUUCUUUGAGGUCUUUAAGUAGUUAUGAAGAGCAACAUGGCCAUUUACAAAUUGUUGGUCUAGCUGAGACUUCUCCUUUCAACAACUCAUUUCAUCAGAACCUGGUAGUUGAAGAUUUCAACAACUCAUUUCAUCAACCUCCCCAAGAAGGAAGAGAAGGGAUUGAGAAGGGUGAAUCAAAUGAAGGAGAAGAAGAGACUGAUAAGGAUAUAUCUAAUGAAGGAGAAGAACAUGGUAAUGAUACGGAUAAAGGGGUUCUUAAAAUGUAUAGCAGGUUAGAAAGGCUUGAAGCAAUUUUGGCAAAAUCAAGAUCAUCCAUAAGAGAAGCUGCUCGAAAUGGGAGUAUGAUAUCUAACCACCAUGAUCCUGAUUAUGUUCCUCAAGGCCCCAUGUACCAUAAUGCAAAUGCCUUCCACAGGAGCUAUCUUCAAAUGGAGAAAAACUUCAAAGUAUAUGUGUAUGAGGAAGGAGAGCCUCCAAUGUUCCAUAGUGGUCCAUGUAGGAGUAUAUAUUCAACAGAGGGGAGGUUUAUUCAUGAAAUGGAAAAAGGAAACCUUUAUAGAACAAAAGAUCCAGAUGAGGCCUUGGUGUAUUUUCUGCCAUUUAGUAUAGUUGUGAUGGUUCAAUAUCUUUAUGUCCCUGGUGCCCAUGAUAUGAAUGCCAUUGGUAACACUGUUGCUGAUUAUAUCAAAGUCAUUUCUAACAGACAUUCUUUUUGGAACAGAAGUCUUGGUGCUGAUCACUUCAUGCUUUCUUGUCAUGAUUGGGGACCUCAUUCGACUUCAUAUGUUCCACAUCUCUUCAACAACUCCAUAAGAGUUCUGUGCAAUGCCAAUACCUCAGAAGGUUUUAAUCCUCUAAAAGAUGUAUCCUUACCGGAAAUUAAUCUCAAGACUGGCGAUAUCAAAGGACUCAUUGGAGGUCCCUCACCAUCAAGAAGAUCAAUCCUAGCAUUUUUUGCUGGUGGUUUACAUGGUAACAUAAGGCACCAUCUGCUACAACAGUGGAGAGGAAAGGAUGAAGAUGUGUUGGUUUAUGACAAACUGCCAAGAGACAAAUCUUAUGAAUCCAUGUUGAAGAACAGUAGGUUUUGUUUGUGUCCAAGUGGAUAUGAAGUUGCAAGUCCAAGAAUAGUGGAAGCGAUAUAUGCAGAAUGUGUACCUGUCUUGAUUUCAGAUAGCUAUGUGACACCCUUUAGUGAUGUCCUAAAUUGGAAAGCAUUUUCUGUGAAUGUGGCAGUGAAGGACAUACCAAAUAUCAAGAAGAUACUAAUGAGCAUUUCUCAGACUCAGUAUUUGAGAAUGCAUAGGAGAGUGAAGCAAGUUCAGAGGCAUUUUGUGAUCAAUGGAUCUCCUAGAAGAUUUGAUCUUUUCCAUAUGAUUCUCCACUCCAUCUGGCUAAGAAGAUUGAAUAUAAGACUUCAAGAAUAGGAGUUAUCACACUUAAUUUCAAGAAAUAAAACAAGAGCAAUCUUCAGCAGUUUACCAAUUUAACUAAAUUAGCAUACUCCUAGUUAUAUCCAAAUGGAACUAACAUAUGAUGAUUCCUUUUUUCUUUUCUGUCAAAAGUUUUCUGAUUUUUCUGUUAAAUCAUCCAGUUUUGAAAUAAAUGUUACUUGUAAGUCA